AUGAAUUACGCUAAUAUGAUUGAGGAGAAAAACCUCAAGGUGAGUUUCCUUCUACCCAAAUGGGAGCUUUGGCUCGUGUGUAUACAACAGCGAUAUGCUAACAGCCACGAUCCUUUCUAUAGAAAGGAUUCAUCAUCGCGACGCUAUUGUCUACCGUGAUUGGUACUUUCACGGCUAGCAUGACAUUACAAGACAAGAUAUCGGAAAAGCGAGCGAAGAAAAAGCAGGCCAAGACGGACAGGAGCCAAGAUAAUCAGCUUAAGGAAAUGCAGGAGAAGUUGGAAAAGCUGGAGAAAGGGGAGAAUGGGGACAACAACAAGAAGGAAGAAGGGAAAGGGGAAAAGGCGAAAGAGGAGCCCGCCAAGGCAAAGGGACCGAGAUCGCCGUCGAGGUCUUCGCGUUCGAGAUCGAGUAGUCGGCGGCGUCCGCCGCGGAACUUGGACGACGAUGCGUAUUUGGCGGCGAAUGGGGCGAGGUCGAAGGAUAUGAUUGAGAGGACCUACCAGGAUCAUCUUGCGAGGCUGGGCCCUAAGUAUGCGCGAGGCGAUUGUGAGUUCGAGCUUGCCGCCGUUGGAGGGUUCAGCGGGCUGACAGGAUUUCAGUAAUGACGGAGAAUAAGCUCCAAGCGCAAGUCAUCCAAUUACAGCAGACUGUGAUUGGAGUCUUGCAGGACGCUCUUUACAACGGACGAAAUCUCUCCGAGGAGGAUCUGCGCCGACUCAUCGCAGCGCAGAACUCGGCGCGUGAUGGCUCGAUCGAAGCACUGCAAGGUCAAUAUGAGCGCAUGUUGGCUCUCGAAAAGAAGUCCAAUGGGUCGGGGUCUGACCAAGGAUCGGCGCCUAGGGCAUUGCCAGAACCGCAGGCAAGAGAGACACUGGCAGACUACGGCGUGCCUCCCCAACGUCGACCCUCAUCUUUCCAGGAAGUACCGCGGAGAGAUCGAGAUCGAGAUCGAGAGAAGGACUUCGUGCCGGAGGCUGCGAUGGCUGCGGGUGUCUUUGGGACCACGGGACUGGGGAUCGCGGCGAGGGCUGCUUCAAGACAUGAGUCACCACAGCCUCGAUCGACGAGGACAGAAGUGCCGCCGCAGUCGAGGAAGGACUCCGGUCUCGUCGGGGCAGAUUCUCCGAGGGAUCAAGAUGGCCCGCGAGCGCCCAAGACGGAGACGAAUGGAGGGGUGAAGUCGACCAAGGCUGAAGUUGGAGGGGCGGCUGGUAAAGGGGGAGCUGAAGAACGGCCGAAGUCGACGAUGGGCGACAGAGGCAACGGUGGGGAUGCUUCGAAGUCGGUCAAGGGCGAAGGCCAGAAAUCAACCAAGGCGGAAUCGAACGGUCCGAGCAAAGCUGCUGCACCACAAGGAGAUAAAGACAACGCCAAAGCGACAAAAGGUGACACUGCUCCCAAAUCCACCAAAACUGAAGCUCCCAAAUCCACCAAAACUGAAGCUCCCAAAUCCACCAAAACCGAAGCUCCCAAAUCCACCAAAACGGAAGCUCCCAAAUCCCGCAACGGCGCGCCUCCUCCUGGAAAAGAUGCCCAGGCAGACGGAGCGCCGGCUAAAGAAUGGUAUCCUCCUCGAAAACCACGAUCACAAGAAGCCGGACCCCCAUCUCUUCCCCGGGCAGCACCUCCCAAAGCCCGCUCUGCCUCACCAAAACGCCGCGCCGUCUCCAGACCUCCCCCUACCCGCCCCAAAGCCCUCCCGGAGGCACCGGCCGGCGACCUCUUCUGCCGCUACAGCAUCGACCUCCAAGAAGGCAAACUGCCCCUCCAUCCCACCUUCUCCGGCAUGGGAAACCACCGCUGCCCCGCGUGCAAGAUCCUCGUCCCCGUCGACGUCCGCGAUGUCUGGGUGAUCUCCACCAGCACGACCAACAAUAGCGCCUCAUCCAAACAGGCAUCAUCCAAACCCCAUGCCGAUUAUCGGAUGGAUGCGCGGUUCAUUGUCAAAUGCCACACGGCCGCGAAUCAGCGGGCAGAAGGCGGGUUCGCGUGUGUGUUAUGCGAUCGGUAUCGGGAUCUGGAUUGCAUCUGUAAGAGUGUGGAUGCGCUGGUGAAGCAUGUGGGGAGUGCGCAUGGGCCGGAGGAGUAUGAGCGGGAUGGGGAUUUGCAUCGGAUGAAGAAGGGGGGGAACGUGGAGGUCAAUGGGAGGGAGUUUGUACUUGCUUGA